AUGGAGAAAAACAUACCGGUUCGAAAGUCUGACCGCUCAACUGCCGAUAUGCUUUCUUGGACGCAGGAAACGGUGUCUUCCUUCUCCAACGCCACCGCCCACCGUUCCUCUGCUCGUUCCAACCAGCCGUCCGAUGGAAUCAGCAAAGUGGUGUUUGGAGGUCGGGUUACUGAUGACGAAGCUCAAUCUCUCUUGAAGAAGAAGCCAUGGUCAGGCAACAAAAUGAAAGAGAUGAGUGGUAGCGGCAUAUUUGGUUCAAAUGAUACACCUGAACCGACUAGUCGAUCACACUUGCGCAUGUAUCAGGAAGCAGUGAAUGGAGUUAGCCAGAUAUCAUUGGGUGGUGAUGGAAGUGUUCCUGCUAAGAAGCCUACCUCCCUCCCUGCGAUAGCCAAGCAGCGGGAGUUGAGCGGCACAUUACGAUCACAGUCGGAUUCAAAGCAUAAAAGACAAAUAUCAAGUUCAAAGUAUAAGGAGUUGAGCGGACAUGAUAUCUUUGCUCCUCCUGAUGGAAUUAAGCCACCUUCAUUGGCAACGCAACCCAAACAAAGCUCCGGAGAAUCCGUACCACGCAAUGUGCCAACUUCUGUCAAAGUUUCAAAUCCUGCUGGAGGCCAGAAAAGUAUCCAAGUGAGCGGGGAACCUGUUAUAAAGACGGCAAAGAAGAUACAUAACCACAAACUCCAAGAGCUAACGGGAAAUGGUAUCUUCAAGGAAGAUGUUGGACCGGGUUCCGGCGAAAAACCCUUGAGCCGGGCUAAACUGCGAGAAAUGAGCGGCAAUAACAUCUUUUCCGACGGGAAGGUAGAAUCUCGAGAUCAUCUGGGCGGUGUACGCAAGCCCCCUGGUGGCGGGAGCAGCAUUUACCUGUUUUAG